AUGAAGUCCACCUUAUUAACCGCCAGCCCUAGAACUGCUCGUUCGUCCUCGGCCUAUUGCCUACCCCAGUACAGCCGGCGCGGCAACCACAAACGCCCCUCCUCAGGCCUCGUGGUCGCUCGCCGAGGCGACACACCCGACCCGGCCGCCACCCAGCCCCACUCCCGCCAGACGGCCCGGCCGAGCGGCCUGCUUCCUCGCCCCGUCGGGCUGAGGAUGCCCGGCUCGGCCACUGUUGUCAGAAUAGGCGACCGACCGUCCGACCGCCCCGGCCGGGCUACUGCUCCCAAGAGGCGGCGGACGCAACGUCAAAAGAAUUGCCCUGCCUCGGCUGAAUAG